UGGGUUAUUAAUCUCUGUAUUUAGUUUUACACUGUAUAGUGUAGUGAUACAGAAGGAAAGUGGCUGUUUGCCACAACGGGAUCGUGAGAACUGGAGGACGAAAAGAACCAAAAGGGGAUAAAACUUUCUGGAAGUUGCGCAAGAAUGAAAGCGAUCCGUGUGACAUCUGAUCAAAUCUGUGCCGAGGUAAGUAACUUAUUUCCAGAAGUAACUUUCUGGAAAUAGUCAACCCCAUUGACUGCUUACUCAACUAUUCUACAGAAAACCUCAAACUCGUUAACGAUAUCUCAGUGAAGUUACUCAAGCAGUCCGAGAAGAGCCAUGACUGGUUGUUUUAAUUAAAUUCACGCUGUUCUGUCAUUUCUAUCCAAUGAUUCACUUCGGUUUCACUUCGGACAGCAGUGGAUGGAGGAGGAGGGUAAAACUCUCUCUGAGGAUUAUUCGCGUCUCACUGAAGGUCCGUGCGCGCUAAGACGCAGCAGCCAAAGUUCCUCCUGCGUAAAGUUCGCUCUUCACAAUGGCUAAAGUGAAGCCCUGGAUGGUUUGCUUCUUUGUUUUAGUCGGUUUAAUUUGCGCCGUUGCUCUGGUUUGCUUGUGCAUCGCCUCGCUGGUGGACAGAGGAUGUUCAGGUGGGAGCUUCAGACAUGCGGCUGUUUCUGCAGACUCCCUGGUUUGCUCCGAGAUUGGCAGUGAAAAUGUUUUCCAGGAACAUGCUCCAGCAGGGGGUUCAGCAGUAGAUGGCGCCAUUGCAGCUCUUCUGUGCACAUCUUUGGUCAAUCCUCAGAGCAUGGGCAUCGGAGGAGGCUCCAUAGUAACCAUCAGAAAUAAAACAGGCAGCGUUAAAGUCUACAACUUCAGAGAGACGGUUCCACGCGUUUUCAACACCAGCCUCAUAAAUCUCUGCCCAACUACAUUCAGGAUAUCCACAGGCAGCCAGUGGAUCGGCGUUCCUGGAGAGCUGCGGGGCUACGAGACACUUCACAAACACUACGGGAAGCUGCCCUGGGCCACGCUGUUCGAGCCAACUAUCCGUCUGGCCAGGAAGGGUUUCCCCGUGCCAGCCUUCCUGGGAAAAUUCCUGUCCUUCAGCAUCGUGAAAGACCACGUGGAAAAGUCCGCUCUCUGUGAAGUUUUCUGCAACAAGAACAAAACUGUUCUGAGCACAGGAGACGUUCUGAAGUAUCCUAAACUUGCAGAAACCAUGGAAACCAUUGCAGAGCAAGGGGCAAAAGCCUUCUACAGUGGCAAGAUAGGACAUGACUUGAUCCAAGACAUUGAGGCUGCAGGUGGAACGUUGACAAUGGAGGAUCUGAAGUCGUUCCGGGUGAAGGUCAGCGAUGCGUGGACGGUUAAUCUGGGAAACGCUCUGAUGCACAUCCCUCCUCCUCCUUCAGGGGGCCCCCUGCUCGCCUUCAUCCUCCGAAUCAUGAAAGAGUUCUCUUUGACUCCAGAGUCUCUGAUUGGUGACAAGAAGACUCAGAUGUACCAUCAUUAUGUAGAAGCAGCUAAAUUUGCAAAUGGACAAAAGAGGAACAUUAAUGACCCUGACUUUAAUAACAAGAAUGCAGAUCACUUGAUUGAUCCCUCCUUCAUUAAUCACAUCAAGAAGAUGAUUUCCUCAAACGGCACACAUGACAUCUCCUACUACUCCAACAUCAAGCCUCCUCGGGAUCACUUUGGGACGACUCAUGUGUCCGUCCUGGAUAAAGAUGGACUGACUGUUUCUGCCACCAGCACCAUAAACCAACUCUUCGGAGGAGCCGUUUACUCCUCGAAAACGGGCAUCAUCCUCAACAACGAGCUGGCUGACUUUUGCGGGAGGGCAGACACAGUGAGGGCAGGUGAGCAGCCUCCUUCCUCCAUGGCUCCGGUUAUAUUGGAAACAAAGUCUGGAGGGAUCCUUGCGAUUGGCGGAUCGGGAGGAAGCAUGAUUACCACCGGGGUGGCCUUGUCUAUUAUAAACCGCCUGUGGCUGGGGAUGAAUUUGAAAGAUGCUAUCGCUGCUCCAAUAGUGUUUGUUAAUUCCAAGAACGAUGUGAAUUUGGAGCCUGAUUUUGACAAGUCUGUGGAAAAUGGCCUCAGAAAUCUUGGACACAACAUUGGAAACUGGAAAUACUUUUUCAAUGUGGUCAACGCUGUGGAAAAGGAGAAUGGCUGCAUUACGGCCGUAUCAGACAGCAGGAAAUUGGGGGUGUCAGCUGGAUACUGACCAUGAGGAGGCAUGAGAUUUCCACUAAAACCUGCCCUCAAGACUCACCGAACCUUCAGCCUUAAAAGCAGUGAAUGUCAUGAAGCCCUUACAGCAAAACUGGUGCUCUGGAUCAUUCCAAAUGAAAAAGGAGACGACUAAACUUAAAGGAUAUUUUUAUAUUUUUCAAAGUUUUGACCAUCAUUUCUAAAACAAGCUAGCAUCACACCUACCAGAGCAGAUGCUGAGAUCUUGACGAGUGGCCACAUGGAUUAAAUUUUGUUUUAAAAACUAUCAAACUGGGCAAGAAACUUGAGUCAGUUGUUCAGAAAUUUUAAUCUAAAUAUUGUAAACUGCUAGCCUAGCCACGCUGCACCCAUGUUUCUGAUGGCACAAGGGUCUAGGGAAGCUCGACAGGGAGGGAGGCGGGCUAAAAGGUUGUCUAUCAAAUCCCUCUGCAGCAAUUGGGUAGGUAUACAACCAAUCAACGCAACGAAUAGGCUGACAUAGUUCCUAGAGCACCGGCGGAUUGUGGCUAAGUCCCAUUAGCUUCCCAACCAGCGGAGCCGCGGAGCCAACUGGUAUAUUAAGGAUUUGCCAUAUCCCGUCGGCAUAAGUCCAAAUACGUCUUUUUUCUCAGUGAAACACUUCAGUGCCGUCCUUUGUUUAUCUUUCAAGUUGAAUUUUAGCUUCAAAUCUUUAAGGGCUGUGGCCAAAGCCGAGUCCAAAGAUAACUGUUUAUUGUGCACUGGUUGUAAACUGACGUCAUCCGGUGAGUGAUUGCAGGAGAUUUCAAGGGCUCCAAAAAGUUAUAAACAACAAUGAGACAGCGUUUUUGAGACACUCAGCUGACAAAAGUGUUUGGGAUUAGUCAUCACACCAUCACAGGACAAACAGCUGCACACAGCUCUGGCUUGAAAUCGCUGCUUAGCUUUGUGUUUAUCGUUGCAUGUAAACUUGGCGCAGCGUUAAGUUCGGUUGCUCCUUUCAUGCUGGUCCGAGUAACUUUUCUUGUUUUUUUUUAACGCUUCCCCCAGUAACACUGCUAAUUCCUUCAGGUAAAUUCUGCAGAAAAGCAAACUUGCAUAGGGGCUGGUUGUGCCUGAGAGAGACGGAGCCCUCAUGCACUUGACAUUUUCACAGCAGAACAGCUUUAAGAACCGAUGCAUUUGGUGGGAAAGCGCCUCAAAGUCUGCAACUCCAAGAGUAUGAACGCUGAGAUUGUUUCCGUUGGUCACCUGAUAAAAAGUGUUUCCUUUAUCUUGACUUUUUCUGGGAUGUUCCUUUCUUUUUUUUUUUUUAAUGUGCAACAGUGACACUUCUUAGAAAAACAGGCAGCUAGAUGAGCACUUAAUAUGAUACACAAUGUGUGUGCAUGCAAAGCAAAGGAAAGUAUGUUAGGACAAAGCAAAACCACAGCUUAGAACAGUUAGUUAAUGAAUAUGGCUGUCCUCUGUUAGCCUUUGGAACGGUAACUUGGCUGAAAAAAACCUUAAAUAUCCACCUACUAGUUUUACUGCAAAUUUUCUUCAUUGAAUUUUACCCAGAUGUCACAAUAAGUGAAAUCUCAGGAAAAAGCAAGUAAAAAGUCCAUGACACGAUUAUUUUUGUCAUAGUCUGGGUACCAGAACAGUCGUCUUGUCAAAACGAAUCAAGUUUAACACUGGUUCUGUUCAAAAAUUGGUUUAUCGUUCGACUGCUCAGGUCUCUUGCCCCGUUCGUCCUCUUUUUUUGUGAUGUUGCUGUGUUCGUAGAUCUCAGCAAAAGUAGCCUCUUAGCUGUAAUUAUGCCUCUCUUAGGUUGAUAGAUUCCACAGACAUACAGAUAUACGUGUUUUGAGGACGCUUCCAGCUCCAAUCUGCUCUCCUGCAGGAAUCACAGGCUCCUGACCAAUGUGCACUAUGUAUGUAUUAAGUCUAUUCAAACCAGUGAAUGUUUUAUUUUGUGACUGAACUUCUUUGUAAGAACUGCUUACUGUAAAUGAGCCAUUACCUUUUUUUUUAAAUGACAUCCUGAUUGCAGCUGCCCAAGCAGGAAACUUUCACUGUGACCUUAAAGAUUUUACUGUAUGUAAAACCACCUUUUUCGUACUGUGAGCACCAAAAUGUUUUUAUACACAUUUUUUCUGUGUAGUCAAAGUGUUUUACAAAAUAUCUGUCACAUUUUUACGACUAUUAACUGUGAAUAUUUGUUUUCACAAUAAAAGCCCAAAACAAGA